CAAUGCAAGCGCUGAGGGAGAGCUUCACCGCAUCAUCGAAUUCCAUAGGCUGGAUUGGCCCCGACCCCUGCGAGUGGAUCGGCGUGGAAUGCAACGACGACGGCCGAGUCGUCUCGAUCACAAUCAAGCACCGCAAGCUCAAAGCCUCCCUCCCGCAGAGCCUCGCCAACCUCACCGCCUUGAAACAGCUCGAUCUCACAGACAACGAUCUCACCGGCGAGCUGCCCAGGCUUCCCGGAAUGAGCUCGCUCCGGCAUCUUUUUCUCUGCCAGAACGGCUUCUCCUCCGUUCCCUCUGACUUCUUUCAAAACCUGACGUCCCUCGAAAGAGUCAGCCUCGACCGCAACCCCCUCUCCGCCUGGUCCUUGCCGAACAGCCUCCGCAGCGCUAGAAACCUUGUCUCCUUCACCGCCUACUCUGCUAAUCUCAACGGAAAAAUCCCAGGUUUCAUCGGCAAGUUUCGGAAGCUGAAGAAUCUUAGCCUGGAGGACAACUACCUCGAGGGCGAACUCCCGGCGAGCUUCGCAAACUCAACAAUUCGGUCUCUGCGGCUGAAUGAUCAGCGUAGUAAGUCCAAGCUCAACGGUUCGCUCGCCGUCUUACGGACCAUGACCAUUUGUCGGAAGCUCAGGUUAGACGGCAACUCCUUCUCCGGCCCCUUGCCGAACUUCUCCAGGCUGAAAAGUUUACAGCAUUUGAACGUGAGAGACAACUUCAUUACAGGUCCAGUCCCACCUUCGCUCCAGAAACUUCGAUCGCUGAAAACUGUGAAUUUAUCAAACAAUCUAUUGCAAGGCCCGACGCCAUAUUUCGACCCUGCUUCAGUCGCAGUCGAUUUGCUCCCUGAUUCCAACAGUUUCUGCUCGCCUACUCCCGGAGUCUCUUGCCUUCCCAUGGUGGAUACGCUGCUCGCCAUUGCCAAAUCGUUUGGUUAUCCUAAAAUUCUUGCGGAGAAAUGGAAACGGGGCAAUCCUUGCGAUUCUUGGAUUGGGAUUACUUGCGUGGAUGGAAGCAUCAGUGUCAUCAAUUUCCAGCAAGAUGGACUCAGUGGCGUCAUCUCCGCCAACUUCUCGUCCAUCACUUCUCUCCAAACACUAAUUCUCGCCGGAAAUAAUCUCACCGGCACGAUCCCGAUUGAGCUCAGAACUUUGCCUAACCUCAAAGUUUUAGACGUCUCGCACAAUCAUCUUCACGGCAAAAUUCCUCCAUUUGACCACUAUGUCCUUGUGAUAACCGAUGGCAAUCCUGAUCUAAGUCCUCCCCUUCCAGCUCCAAAUCGGGGAAAAAUUGGAGUCGAGAUUGGGUUGAUAGCUAGUGGCGUUGCUAUAAUUCUAUUAACAGGCCUUGCAGCGUUGUGCUAUUGCAGCGGCAAAAAAGGCGGGAAAAAGUCGUGCCAUCUUGAUUUGAUUGAAGGAGGAAGAAUGGAAAUCUCCCUGAAAGCUCUGAACAGAGCGACGAAUAAUUUCAGCGCAGAGAACAUACUGGGAAGAGGCGGGUUUGGGACAGUUUACAGAGGCAUCUUGAAUGAUGGGAGCAAGAUCGCAGUUAAAAAAAUGGAUUCUCUGGUUUUGGUGGUGAGUAAGAGCAAGAGGGGAUUGGAUGAAUUCAAGUCUGAGAUCGACGUUCUCACGAAAGUUCGACACAGGCAUUUGGUUUCUCUGUUAGGAUACUGCUUGGACAGGAAGGAGAGAGCUCUGGUUUACGAGUUCAUGGAGCAGGGGAGUCUCAGUCGGCAUCUGUUCAACUGGAAGGUGGAUGGGCUAAAGCCGCUUGAAUGGUCGAAGAGGCUAACGAUUGCCCUGGAUGUGGCCAGAGGUAUCGAGUAUUUACAUGGCUUUGCACAUCGGAGCUUCGUUCACAGAGAUUUGAAGCCGUCGAAUAUUCUCCUAGGAGAUGAUUUCAGGGCCAAGGUCGCCGAUUUCGGACUUGUUCGUCUUGCACCAGACGGGAAAUCUUCUGUUAUUACCAGAGUGGCCGGAACCUUCGGAUAUAUUGAUCCCGAAUAUGCAGUGACAGGUCGUGUGACGACGAAGAUCGACGUGUUCAGCUUCGGAGUGAUUCUCAUGGAGUUGAUCACCGGAAGAAGAGCGGUCGACGAGAGCCGGCGGGUGGAUAGCGGUCAUCUGGUGACGUGGUUCCGGGGCCGUCAUCUCGAAAGGGGAACAUUCCACGAGGCAAUCGAUUCGGCGAUCGUGCUCGAUGAAGAAACCCUAGCCAGCAUAAGAAUCGUCGCGGAGUUGGCCAGCCAUUGUUGUGCGCCCAAGUCUGCCCAGAGGCCCGACAUUGGGCACGCGGUGAAUGUGUUAUCGGCACUCGUCGAGCUAUGGCGACCGGCGGCCGAAUUCGCAUCCUCUGCGGUGGGUGAAGAGAAGGGCGAGGCUCUUCCGGACGAUGAGUGGCAGCGGUUUAUCGACAAGAUCAGAGCUCAGCUCAGCAGUUACGGUUCCCCCCCGUCAGGGGAAACUUUAUAAAUAAUAAUAAUAAAUAUAAGAAAAUACAGUUAUAACUUAAUACUCUUUUAAUUUUUUGAUAGAAUUUUUUCUUUUUAUUGUAGCACCAAACCAAAUUGAUUUCCUUUCUUCCUGGAAUCUCAUGCCAUAUGCAAUGAACUCAAACCCAA